CAACUGUUCGAGCAUGGACGAUUUCGACUCUUUUGCAGCAGAUGAAGAUGGUGCCUCCACGUCGCAAUCAGCUGUCGAAACAAGGCAGAACGGUCACGUUCCAUCCGGAAUUACGCUUGUCUUACCCUCGCUCAAAGCCAUCAAGGCCGCGAAGAUGGGAAAGAAGACAAAACUGAAAAACUUUGGUUCCAUGCAGGAUGUAGAGGUGAAGAAAGCGCCAAGGCCUAUGAAGCUCAAACCAUUGAAGGAGGUAUUGGCGAAGCUGAUUGGCCAGUUAAAGAAGAAGGAUGAUUAUGCAUUUUUUAUUUCCCCUGUGGAUCCGUCACGAGUUCAAGGAUAUGCGGAAAUGAUCAAACAUCCUAUGGAUCUUGGGACUAUGUCUACGAAAGUUGCUAGGGGAAAGUACCGUUCAUUGGAAGAGUUUACGACAGACUUUCGCCUAGUUGUCAACAAUGCCAAAAUCUUUAAUCCUCCCGGAACGAUCUAUCACACGGAAGCUGAACGCCUUGAAGCAUGGGGACUUGACCAUAUCGCCAAGGCAUCUGCCCAUGUUAUUGAAUACGAGACGGAUUGGAACAUUGAUGUAGAACAAGAUGAGGAUGCUGCUUUGAAUAUCGAUGAGGACGACGAUCAUAUCACUACGUCCACUCCGAGAGAGAUCGAGGGGAGCCAAGUUGCCGCGUCACCCGCCCCGUCUUCUGUUCCCCCACAGUAUAUGAAGCGUGGGCCUCGAGGACCUUACAAGAAGGGUGUAUCGGUGGGUAUCUCAGAAGGCAUUGAUGCAGAAGGAAGACUUCCUGGUUCUAAGGAUGGCGUCGGGGCAUUCCCUCCCGGUUCUGACUGGGCAGAAAUGAUGGUUGCGCUGAAAAUCAAAGGCAAGCGUUAUAGAACUAAAAAAGAACGACUAAGAAUUGAGAAGGAGGGCCUUCCCCAUCUUCAUGAUGGUAGUCUCGACUACACAGAGAUGGAAGAUCCGUUUUCUAUACUCAACGUCUUGGUGCCUGAGCCACUAUCUAAACCCCAACUUAAUCCACUUUACCCUUCUCUUCGAACAGAUAAUACAGCGCAACCCCUCUUUCCAGGUCCAGUUAAUGUGCCUUCCGCGCGUCCCUUUCCAAAACUGGCUACUCUUGCGGCCUCGACUUCACAACCCACACCACGGCGCAGGCAUUGGACAAUUGCCCGCAAUGCAUCGACAAGAGCAAAACUAAAAGAAAAAGAAGACGAGGAGCCUCGGUCAACAGAAUCCCUACGCGAUAUAUUUCCAUCUGAUUUUGGUUCUUUUGCGACGUUGGGGGCAGAGUUGGGGGCGUCGGCAUGUUCCGAAGAGACACUGGCUACGUCAAUACGAGCCAGUAUUGAGAACCGCCCUAUUAAAAGAAGCUUGAAAGCGGGAGUUGACAGUGAAUACUGGACGGAUGAGAAAGCCGAGGAGGCAUGGGACUACGUACGGGACGUGGUAUACGGUGGAGUUAAUGGCUUCGCCUACGUCAGAAGCAUAGCCGAAUUUGUUAGCCCGCCAGAAGAGAUUUCUCAGCAGACAGAGCAUACCCACCCCCUGGGCACGUCUGUGGCCCGAUACGUAGAGCAACAUCUAGUUGAUGUCGUCACUCGUGGCCGGCAUGAACUAUUGUGUACCACGGCGGCGUACCUGCACUCAGUCUUGAAAGAGCCUCUGUCACCAGCGAUGGAAGCACAGAUGGCAGCCAGCCUCACGUUCCGGCCGACGGUGUUCCGUCUGAUACAGGCAUUACAGCACGAGCAGUUGGAUAUGGCAGCGCUUAUCCGAUCUCCAGAUGAGUUGGAGAAAGCUGGUUUAGGCGAACUCGGAAUUCCCGAGGGCCCUGCAGUCAUAGAACAGGCAUUGGAGUGUGCCGUUCAAGCGCUAGAUGAACUCGACAAAAAAGUACAGAAAAAUGAUGGGGUGAAGGUGGAGGACGAUGCGAUGGAUAUGGAUGGGGCAGAAGAGGACCCUGUAACUAAGAAGCUGAGGUUGACGUUGUUGGCGCUUGCAAAACGCGCCCCACUUGACAAAAUUGCGCCUUUACCUGCUGCGCUUGUUCCAGCUCAUAUUCGGAAUAUUGUACCGACUAUUUAGGACGCUGUUUCUUAUUUACGGCGGACAGCCUGGACUGUAUUAGAUUAUAGUAUACGUGUAAGCAUGAUGGUAGAAGUAAUAACGCUGAGAUUAGAUUUUUGCCACGGAUUUGGAUCUGGCU